AUGCAGCCUGGGCAGCUCCAGGCAGAGCUCAGCAUGCUGCAGGGAGCUCUGCCACAAACCUUGGCCGGUUUGGCCUUUUUCUGUUCCCAUGAGUCUUCUGUCUCCUUUUGCAUUGCCCUGACCCUGUCCUUGUGCUCACAGAGCACCAAAGCCCAUUUUCUCCCCAUAUCCCAAAACCCCACAGCUUCAAGCAAUGCUGCUCUCCUUGUGCCAUUGCAGGUGGUGCGAGACCAAAUCUCUCACUGCACAGUCAAGCUGCGCCAGACCACGGGCCUGAUGGAGUAUUGCCUGGAGGUCAUCAAGGAGAACGACCCCAGUGGCUUCCUGCAGAUCUCCGACGCUCUCAUCAGGAGAGUGCACUUAACUGAGGACCAGUGGGGAAAGGGAACACUCACACCCCGGAUGACGACGGACUUCGACCUGAACCUUGACAAUGCCCCUCUGCUGCAGUCCAUCCAUCAGCUCGACUUUGUCCAGAUGAAAGUGCCGGCCCCCCCGAUCCUGCAGCUGGAAGAGUGCUGCACCCACAACAACAGUGCCACCUUGUCCUGGAAGCAGCCCCCCUUGUCGACGGUGCAGGUGGAAGGCUACAUCCUGGAGCUCGAUGAUGGCAACGGCGGCCAGUUCAGGGAGGUGUAUGUGGGCAAGGAGACCAUGUGCACGGUGGAUGGCCUUCACUUCAACAGCACGUACAGCGCGCGUGUCAAAGCCUUCAACAAAACAGGAGUCAGCCCAUACAGCAAGACCCUGGUCCUCCAGACAUCUGAGGACACGCAGUCAGAAGAACAGACCCUCCCUUUUCCAGUGCCUUUGGAAAGAUCGCAGCUUCGUAGAAUGAGUCCUUUCUCCUCCACCCUUAAUCUACAACCCAGCUUUCCGGGGAGAUCCUACUUUGAGCUAAGAUCUUCGGCCCACCAGCUGAGCUUGCAUUCUUCUUUACAGUCCCUGAAUUCAGCUGGAUGCAAUUUUGACAUUCAAGGAACGCCUUACUCUCAAUUAGUUGACAUUAAAAAAAUGGUGGCAGUUGCUUGGUUUUCUUUCGAUCCUGCCUCUGCCCAUGCUGACAUCAUCUUUUCUAAUGACAACCUGACUGUCACCUGCAACAGCUAUGAUGACAGGGUUGUGCUGGGGAAAACAGGCUUUUCCAAAGGGCUCCAUUACUGGGAGCUGUCAAUCGAUCGUUACGAUAACCACCCUGACCCGGCCUUUGGUGUGGCACGCAUUGAUGUCCUGAAGGAUGCCAUGCUGGGCAAGGACGACAAAGCCUGGGCCAUGUACGUGGACAAUAACCGGAGCUGGUUCAUGCACAACAAUUCGCACACCAACAGAACCGAGGGUGGGAUAACGAAAGGCGCCACGGUGGGAGUGCUGCUGGAUUUGACCAGGAGGACUUUGACGUUCUCCAUCAAUGAGGACCAGCAAGGGCCUGUUGCUUUUGAGAACCUGGAGGGCCUCUUUUUCCCUGCAGUCAGCCUCAACAGGAACGUGCAGGUGACGCUGCACACCGGCCUGCCGGUCCCCGAGUUCUACACUUCGCGCUCUGCCAUGCCAUGAGGAUGCUCCUGGAGCCGGCUGCCUCUUCUCAGGAUGAGAGGAGCCAGCCUGUUCCCUCCUAUGGGACAAGGCCGCUGCCGAGCCGCCGGGUCCCUGCUCUGCCGCCAGCCGGAGACAGAGAGGCAAAGCGGGAAGGAAGAGCCCAGCUUUUGGCCACCUCUGAUCUCCAUCCUCCUGCGCUGUCCUGUGUGUGUGCGCUUCGCUGUUUAGCUCUUUUGGCUGAUGAAGUACCUAAGUAGCCUGAGAUUUUCCUCUGCGUCCGCUUUUAGGUUUGGUUUCAUUGAUCUGAGUUGGGGUUUCGAGGGGGGCAGUUUCGUCUCAUUUAGCAAAGCGCUUUCCCCUCCCAUGGGGCUGGAUGGAGGGACCAAGGAGGAACCCGCACCAUGGGAAAGUUUUUGCCCACACCAGCCCCAAUACUUUGCAGGAUAUUUCUUUCCCCUGUGGCCUUUCUCGCAGAGCACCCUCAGUCAUGUGUAGAGGUGGGUCCUGGAUUACCAGUCAGUCUCUGUGUCCUUACCAAAACACCUGGCCCUGUCCCUUGUCCCCAAGAGGUGUUUCCAUGGGGCGCAGCAGUGGGGCAGGGAGUGGCUGCCCUGCCCCUGGGUGCUCUGGGUGCUGGCAGGGUCUCCCCCCAGCUGCCUACAGCCCGGCAUCAGCCUGCAUGCCACAGCCAUAGACCAGAGAGCCCCUGCCCGGCUCUUUGGAGAUUAGUGUUUAUUUUUUUAUAGUUGCCAUAUAAAGCCUAGCCUUAAAAUCCUGACAGUGUCCUUCUGUUCACCGGAGAAUGCAUUCCACAGGGAGGGUCUGAUGGGGAGCCCAGGGAUGAGGAUGAGGAUGAGGAUGGGGAGGAAGGAGUUGGCCACAGCCCUGCCAUGCACUCAGGAAUACGCACCUGCUGCCCUGCCUGCGCCUGCUGCCGGCAGCAGCUCCCAUCGGCCUACCCUGGUAGGGACUUUCUGGUAAUUCAGAGGCAGGAAAGGAGCCGGAGCUGUGGGUGCCGUGCCCGGUGCCAGCUGCAUCCCCAUGCCAAGGGCACCUGCAUGCACAUGGCCCCACGCGUCACUGUUCGGUCACCCGCCGUGUCCCGGUGUGGUGCGGAGCUGGGGAGGCAGCGGUGCCACUGCCAGGCAGGUACCAGCCUACCCAGCCUGGCCGGGGAGCUGCUGCUCCAGAUCCGGGAUCAGGUGGGAUGCUUCGGGAGUACUGGUCCAGCAGGAAGACAAGUGUAAAUAGACCAUUCCCUUCCAGCAUGCCCUCCUCUAGGAUGGUCCCAUUCGUUCCUUUGUUGCUCUAGUUUUAAGUUUACCUAAUUUAUUGGAUGGGUGCUAUCUUGUUGACUUACACCGAGGAGCUUCUCUCAGCUGCAGGAGAGCCGUGUUGCGGGGCAACGCCGAGCAGCUCUUUGGUGAAUUCCUGAUGAGCCCCCGUGGCCGGCUCACCCGGGGCUCCUCUCUCAGCCGUUAUCCCCUCUUCUUUAGGAUGUUCAUGGUGCUUAUUAGACUCCCAGUGAUCGUAAGACGUUGUCCCCCUGUACCGCGAUGAUAGCUGCAUACAGCUGCUGUACUGAAGUGUCAUGUUUGCUGUUCUAAUAAAGGACUUUUAUGAGAGAA